AGUUGAAGGACAUGUAUUGUGGGUACCCCUGGUACACCGUAUAUUCGAAUGUGUAUGCUUAUAACCAGCAACCGUUUGAGAAAUUUUGGAUGGCUAUUUCGUAGUUAUGGGCACAAAUGAGGGUUAUUGUCUGACAUGACACUCCAAUUCAGAAAGAGAGAAAAAAGAGAGGAAAAAAAAACAGGCUUCUCAUCUACAGCAAAGGAGGCUUGGCGUUGGAGGGUUUUGCUUUGCAUAUUGUUCUCUUUUAUUUUUUCCCCCCUUGCUUUUGCUGUUCACUUUAUAUCUAUACUUUACCUUCUUCAACUCUUUUUGUUCUUCGGUUUCUUCGGUCUGAUCUCUGCCUCAAGCGAAAGCAGCCGUGAGAAGCCACAACAAUGGCUGACAUUACUCACCCUCCCAUGGAACAGCUCCAGGACCUCGAGUACUGCAUAGACUCCAACCCGCCAUGGGCUGAAACCAUCCUACUAGCUUUUCAGAAUUACAUUCUGAUGCUGGGCACCACUGUGAUGAUUCCUUCCUUAAUUGUCCCUGCUAUGGGUGGAGAUAAUGGAGACAAAGCACGGGUUAUACAGACUCUUCUUUUUGUAGCUGGCGUAAACACACUUCUCCAAGCGCUUUUCGGAACUAGGUUACCAGCAGUAGUUGGAGGCUCCUUUGCCUAUGUUAUUCCUAUAGCUUACAUUGUUGGAGACUCUUCCUUGCAACGGAUUAGCGAUUCUCACGAAAGAUUUUUACAUACGAUGCGUGCUAUCCAAGGAGCUCUGAUUGUAGCCUCAAGCAUACAAAUCAUUCUCGGUUACAGCCAAGUUUGGGGUUUACUCUCACGUUUCUUCAGUCCACUGGGCAUGGCACCUGUUGUUGGAUUGGUUGGCCUCGGGUUGUUUCAACGAGGAUUUCCUGUGCUGGGAGAGUGUGUGGAAAUUGGUUUACCCAUGCUGAUACUAGUCAUUGGAUUAUCACAAUAUCUAAAGCAUGUGAGACCCUUCAGAGAUCUCCCUAUUUUUGAGAGGUUUCCAGUGUUGAUCUGUGUCACAAUUGUUUGGAUCUAUUCUGUUAUCUUAACUGCGGGUGGGGCAUAUCGGAACAAGCCCAUGAAAACCCAGUUAAGCUGCCGAACUGACAGAGCGAAUCUUAUAACCACUGCCCCAUGGUUCAAGUUUCCAUACCCUUUGCAGUGGGGUCCCCCUACAUUCUCAGCUGGUCAUUCAUUUGCUAUGAUGGCUGCUGUUCUUGUUUCAAUGGUUGAGUCAACCGGUGCAUACAAGGCAGCAUCUCGUUUGGCAAUCGCCACUCCUCCUCCUGCUUAUGUUCUGAGCCGAGGCAUCGGUUGGCAGGGGAUCGGCGUCCUGCUGAAUGGUCUGUUUGGAACCAGCACUGGUGCAACUGUUGCUGUGGAAAAUGUGGGACUUCUCGGGCUUACCCGUGUCGGAAGUCGAAGGGUUGUCCAAAUUUCUGCUGGCUUCAUGAUAUUUUUCUCUACCUUGGGUAAAUUUGGAGCUGUCUUUGCAUCUAUACCCAUCCCUAUAUUUGCUGCAAUGUACUGUGUUCUCUUCGGCCUCGUCGCUUCAGUUGGAUUAUCCUUUCUCCAGUUCACCAACAUGAACUCCAUGAGAAACCUCAUCAUCACAGGACUCUCACUGUUCCUCGGAUUAUCCAUUCCCCAGUUCUUCAACGAAUACUGGAACCCAGCCCGCCGAGGCCUCGUUCAUUCGAAYGCAGCAUGGUUCAAUGCAUUUCUGAACACAAUAUUCUCGUCGCCAGUAACAGUGUCGUUGAUAGUGGCAGUGUUUCUUGACAACACAUUGGAAGUAGAAAAAUCGAAGAAAGAUAGAGGAAUGCCAUGGUGGGUGAAAUUCAGAACGUUCAGAGGAGACAACAGAAACGAAGAGUUUUAUACUUUGCCAUUCAACCUCAACCGUUUUUUCCCGCCAACUUAA